AUGGCGGAAAUCCCGACCAUCCUGCUGGUUGAAUCUAGCGUCCAACAAAUCGACCAUGUUCGACGCCAGACUCUCUCCGAAAAAGUGUCAAUUCUAAGAUAUGAUUGUGCUUCUGUCGACGAUUUUGUCUCUCGCCUUCAGCCUGGCGGUCUGUAUAGCAACAUCUGCGCCAUUGUCCGCACCGGUUGGCUGAAAGCAGGGCCAUACGCAUCUCAUCGCCUAUUCGCCAGCGAAGUCCUCCCACACUUUCCUUCUAGCCUGAAACUCAUCUGCUGUAGUGGACACGGAUAUGAUGCAGCAGAUAUCGAUGCGUUAACCAACCGGGGAAUCUGGUUCUGUAACACGCCAAAUGCAUGCACGGAGGCCGUCGCGAACACCGGACUCGUGUUGGUGCUGGAGACAUUCCGCUAUCUGAGCUUCGCACAGUGGUGUGCAAGAUACGAUUGGCAGAAGAGUCGAGAGUUGGGCUUGAAGGCAGUCGAUCCGGCUGGGAUGGUGUUGGGUGUGAUCGGUCUGGGUGACAUUGGGCUUGCGAUUGCCGAAAAGUGCCAAAAUGCACUGGGGAUGAAAAUUGCAUAUCACGGCCCGAGAAGGAAAGAGGAAGCAGAAGCGAGGCUGGGAGGUGGUGCGCAGUACUAUGCUGAUCUGACAGGCAUGAUUUCAGCUGUUGAUUGCAUUGUUAUUGCCGCACCUUACACCCAGAGUACGCACCAUCUCCUGUCCCACAAACAGUUCCAGGUAACCAAAGACACUGGCCUCCGUGUGGUGAAUAUUGCUCGUGGUAAAAUGAUCGAUGAAGAUGCCUUGGUAUUAGCUCUCGAGACGGGCAGAGUGGUUGGCGUAGGACUUGAUGUGCACGAAAAUGAACCUGUGGUUCACAAGAAACUGAGAGAGAACUGGAUGGUGACUUUGCUGCCUCAUAUCGGAAAUCGUUCCUACGGAGCGGAAAGCCCGUAUGCCCCGUGA